AUGACCAGCGUUCCAGCUGUAUGUUUUGCUGAAUGUAACAAUGCCUAUAUUGAGGCGCAAGGAGUUGGGAAAGACCCUUCCUUGUGCAACAUCGCGUCGCCCUUUGCGAAAGAUCUCAUAGAUUGUCAGGUUUGUAUUGGAGUCAAUAGCAAGAACUCGACUAGUUUUGAGGAUCUUGGGCCCGAAUUUCAACAAUAUCUGGACCUCUGCAACCAAGUACAGACGGUCACGUACGCCACUACCAUCACGUACCUCAAUGGUGACGUUGAACUGGUGACUCUGACGAAGACAACAACGGGCCCGAUAAAUUACGCCCCAACCACCUCGACUCCUUCUGCGUCUACUUCGUCACAGAGUGCAAUACCUACAGAAUCAACUUCGACAGAAUCGACCCCAGCCCCCAAUCGAUCAUGGGUAGCCGGUCUGGUCAUUGGCUGUGUCGCCGUCACUGCUCUUGUUACUGGUUUCUGGUUUCUCAGACGCAGAAGACGGAGAGCCAAUCAGGCAGCUAUUGAGAACACGAGCGAAGCACAUGACGAGUAUACCAAGGCCCAACUUCACUCCGACAGUCUGCCUCCCAAGCCUGCCAUAGAACUCGAGGGGUCAUACCCAGAUCCCAUACCGGAGAUGAGCGCGAACGAGAUUGCUGCACAAGAAAUUCGAGGCAUGGCUGGGAACACCUUGGUUAGUCUUCGUUCCAUACGCAUCGCAGCUACCCGUGCCGUCCUCAAAGGUCCAGCAAACAUCGAUGUCAGUCGACCAGAAUCACCAGCCAGCCCAGCUUUCCUCCAUUCUAGGAUCGUUUUGGGCCUUUUCACGGGUAACUGGGCAGAGUACCCCGGACGCCACCAUGACGGUACGCUCUUAUUGGGCGCUUACCACCCAUCGCACACUCCCGCACCAUCCCAUUUGGCCUGCGGGAUCAUGCUUACGGGCUGGCCGCACCGGAGAUCACGGACUACCGUUGAGCGGCUCAUACCCGUUGCCAAGAAGGGCAAACUUCUGUGCAGCAGAACCGAUUACUAUGACAUGUCGACUGAAGAUGUCGGCUUCGAUAAUCACAUCGACGACCGGGGCUACUUUCACGUACCCUACGCCAGAACCAUCCAUGGUGACCUAUUCGGCCAGGGCAUAUUUCAUGACGAGUCCAUCGGGACCAUGCAUGAAACGUUUGAGUAUGCAUUUCUUUCAACAAAUGCCCUCUACAUAUACAUCCAGGCAAUCGGCAAACAGCCAUUGAUCUGCCACAAGGACGCGCACUUUCAGACAGAGUACGAAGAUUGUAUUAAUUGCUUACAUGUCACCGUGGAGGAUUCAGCAACGUACAUAUCUCAACGCGUCGAGCCGAAAUUCAAAGAGUAUCUAGACUACUGCAACGGUAAACCUCCGGACUGGACGUACGCACCUUCGCGAUUGACUGUCGUCACCCGCGCGCACUGGGGACCCCUUACAGACUUUUAUGGCGAACUAGUGGCGGGAGGUCUCCAGACGAUCACGGCGACAGAGCUCAAACCGACGGACAGCAGUGAGGCAGGCGGCGGAUGGCCGUCGUCGUCCUCGACAGAAACUGGGAAGACACCCGGGGCAGGAGACUCAGGGCCGAUACCAGGUAACUCGGCAUGGAUAGCAGGGCCGGUCAUUGGCGUGAUCACGGCCAUCAUGCUUCUCCUCGGCGCGCUCUGGUUUCUCAGACGACGAAGACAUCGAGCGGUUGAUAAAGAGGAGUCCAUGGCGACCGGCCUUGCCAUUGGUACUCGUGGUGGUGGCUAUGGCCAAGGGGGAUAUGAAAAGCCGCAACUGCAUUCGGAUUGUAUCCCGCGUCGAAUGGAGCUUGAAGGAUCGUACCCGAAUUCACCCAUGAGCCCCAUGUCUGAGAUGACUGCAAACGAAGUCGCGGCUCAGGAGCUUUCAGUGCCGGGUAGUCAGCAUGUUGAAGGGGUCACGGAGAAGAGUAGCUCUGCCAGGCCGGAGAGCCCGGUUCUUGGAUGA